AUGAUUAACGUCACAUAUAAAAGGCUUGGCGUGCUGAGAAGAACAUAUUCGCAGGUUGCUGCUCCUACAAAGAAGCAAUUGUCUCUACCUCAUAAGGAGGUUGUUGAGUUGGCAUAUGACUUGCAUCUACCCGAACGGUCGGUGAUAAAAAGGAUGCCUUGUCACCCUUCUGAACCGAUUGUAUUUCUGCACGGUCUCUUCGGAUCUAAGAGGAACUACAAGAGCGACUGCCAAAAGAUUGCAACUGCCCUGCAAACGCCAGUGUACACUUUGGAUUUGAGAAAUCAUGGUUUAUCAGAGCAUGCGAUGCCUUUUGAUUAUAACACACUGGUAAAUGAUGUUUUGAAUUUUUUGCAGAAACGUCAGCUCAAUAAAGUCAACGUUGUGGGCUACUCAUUGGGCGCAAAAAUCGCCAUGCUCGCUGCCCUUAAACACCCUGAAAAGUUUACUUCUGCCUGUAUUAUCGAUAAUUCGCCCGUGGUACAACCCCAGAUUAGACCAUUUUUGAAAGUCUUCGUGAAGUCGUGUGUUCAUGUGAUAGAUCAGGGUGCAGUAAGCGCGCGUGAUAAGCUAUGGAGACACAAAGCAUCUCAAGCGUUAAAGAGAUACAUCCCCAACGGUGGCAUCAGAGACUAUUUACUGAACAACGUCAUUAUCAAUCCUCCCAAGCGCCACGAGUACAGGUCUCCGGUUAUCGAUUAUGAGGACGGCUUUAUCCAUUUUAGGAACCCUGUCCGCCAUAUGGUCCAAUGCGCGGUUGCUGACGUAUCUGACUGGCCGGUAGAUAUAGUCCAAGGGAAGCAAUUCCUUGGUCCUGUCAAUUUCAUAAAGGGUACUAAGUCCGAUUUCAUAGAUCGAAAGGGGGAAGAUGCAAUUGCACAAUACUUUCCUUAUUAUAACGUUCAUCCAAUCAACGCUACUCACUUUAUAUUGAAUGAAAGACCGCAAGAGUAUGUGAAGGCAGUCGUAGAUUUCUUCAAGACAACCAGAGCUAAAUUAGAAAAGAAGAGGCAUACAACGGAAGCUGCAAUUAACGAUUCUCCUUCGAAGACGUUAGUCAAAGAAAGAAACGUAAACUAA